GAAAUAAUUAUAAAUAUACUGUAACUGCUUAUAAUCUACUCUCAAAAAAAAGAGGAAUCAUUGUGAGUCCUUGCAAACAUACCUCUUAAAUAUGCAGGAAAUGGAUGUACAUAGGAUUGGCUACAUGACACUCAGCCAUCAGGAACUAGCUGAUCAUAUGCAUUUGACAAUUGGAAGAUAUGAAUGUAGACUGUGCAGGGUCCGGCUUGUGUCUCACUUUCAGUUCCCAUUUGUAUGUCAGGGACGUCGCGUGUUUCAGUGAAGCAAUAAGACAAAGUUAACGUUCAUCACAAACUUCAAGAACCAAGAUUCUCAUGCCGUCUUGUUUAUAUGAUGGACGGAUAUGUCAUAUCAUCUGCGUCAGAGGAAAUCAUUCCAAAUGAACCACAGAAUUAUCGACCACCUGCUGAGCUGUACCCCUAUCUCACAAAUGCAGGGGAGAUUUAUGAAGACCACAGAUGGACUUUCCACUCGGAGCGCGUCCAGCAGACGGACUUUGAGAAUUCUCCAGUAAAUCAUCUCAUAGAGCUUCAGUCCGUGUCUCCUCAACAACUGGUGCAACCAUACCGCUUCAGCAGUGAGUCUCUGCCUCUUCACCUGGACCCAGCACUCAUUCCUCUCUCUGUCUCACCACAAAUCCCAUAUUACACGCCAUCCAUGUGCUACCAAUACCAACCGUCUGCCUCGCCUGGACAUUACUACUCAGAAGAGGAAAAGAGAGGAAUCAGUCCUCCGCUGGAGGUAUCAGAAGGGGAGGAUGAACUUGAAGACCGCAAUCUCUCCACCUUCAGGAGAGACACUAGCAACAAGAAGAAAAUCCGCUUGUACCAGUUCCUCCUGGACUUGCUAAGAAACGGUGACAUGAGUGACAGUAUCUGGUGGGUCGACCAGGACAAGGGCAUCUUUCAGUUCUCCACAAAACACAAAGAAGUGCUGGCCAGCCACUGGGGUACUCAGAAAGGAAACCGCAAGAAAAUGACCUACCAAAAAAUGGCUCGAGCUCUGAGGAACUACGGUAAAUCUGGAGAGAUUAAAAAAGUCAAGAAGAAGCUAACCUACCAGUUCAGUGAGGAGGUGCUGAGGAACCUCUAUUUACGUCAGUAUCCUCACUGAUCGGGGAACAAAGGCUGUCUUUCAUUACGCUGAAAUCACUAAACUAGCCAAAGAUUACGUUUUGCCUGUUUGCAAUUUCACUUUUCUACCAAGUUUUCGUACCUAUUUAUUUGUGAUGCCAGUGUACAUCCUCUACGGCAGGGGUUUUCAAAGUCUGAGAGUGCGGCUCUCCCCUCAGACAGAGCUAGGAAAAAGUCGCCCCCUUAGUUAACUUGCUUAGUUUCACUCAAUUCCUGGAUGCCUAUGUGAUGAUGAUUAUGUUAUUUGAUCCCAUAGACACUCUACAAUUGGGCAUCAUAUUUUCUUUUUACAUAACUUCAGAAUAUGAAAUAUCAAGAAUGAAAGGUCUGUCCGAAGACAUUUAUUAGUUUCUGACACUGGGAAAGUGAGGAAAACAGUAAUCUUCCCUCAAACUAUCCCUCAAUCUCUUUAGCCAAAUCACACAUAUUUAGGCUAUUAUGUGAUCUUGUUUUGGUUAAUAAUGUAAUAAAUAACGUAAUAUGUUUUUCACGUCCAUUCACUGAGCCUCCCCUGAAACAGCUCUUUGGGGAGGCCUGCCUCACCGUUUGAAAACCUCUGCUUAUGGCAUUUACCUCUAUAAAAUUCACCAUUUCAGAUUUGUGUACAAGAAUUAAAGGAUGAACAAACAUCAGAGACAGCUUAAAAUAAAUAUAAACAUUCUUUUUUUUUUACAUUAUCUUUUUGAUAUCAAUGUGUGUAAAUAAAUAUCAUGUUCUAUUCUU